AUGAAGGAAAGGGAACAGCCGUCAGCCUAUCCCUGCGAGGAGGUGUGGCGAGUUAACCGCUGCGAAGCCAAUGAGGCGAGGGGAUGCAGGAGCGGAGUUUGCUCUAGCCCUGCCCAGAGACACAGGCAGCAGAACUGGCCGGCAAAGCAGGGGAAGGCAGAGAGGUCCCGAGAAACAUUUUCUGCCUAUUCGAUAGGCAGACAGACAGACGGCAGGACGGAUACACGGGUGGGGGCUGUGCUCGGCGGCUCGGCGGCAGGCUGGUGGAAGAUGUCGUCAGGGGCCGGUGGGAGAGGAGGAAGGCGGCUCCGGGGUAUAACAAGCACUGCGGGCGGAGGGAGACGAGGAGGAGCGGGGGAGGCGGAGGAGGGUCCCGUGGGGAUCCCUUUCCCCGAACACAGCGCGGACGUCCUGGGCGGCCUGAACAAGCAGCGGCUCAGCGGGCUCCUUUGCGAUGUGCUCUUAGUCACCCAGGACCGGGAGUUUCCGGCCCACCGCUCCGUCCUUGCGUCCUGCAGCUCUUACUUCCACAAGCUCUUCACUUCAGGGGCCGCCGCCGACCAGCAGAACAUCUACAACAUCGACUUUGUGGCAGCAGAGGCUCUGGGAGCUUUGCUGGACUUUGCCUACACGGCGACGUUGACGGUCAGUCACAGCAGCGUGGCUGACAUCCUUGCUGCUGCUCGCCUCCUGGAAAUCUCUCCCGUUCAGGACGUCUGUACUCACCUGCUGGACACCAAAGUGCUCUCCCCGCCGGCGGGCAGUGAGCGAAGAGAUGAAGAUGAAGAGGGGAAAUGCAGAGGAGUCAAGGAGCAGGGGAACCGAAUUCGGGCCAGGGAGUACCUGGAGUACUUCCAGAGAGGGGCGCACUGGAGCAGCAGCUGCAGCACACCAGAGCUCAGGGAACUGCCCACACAUCUGCACUUUAACCAUGGUAACGAGAGCAUCCCCAGCAAUGGGGCUCCUGCGGGCCCCGGUGAGUACUACUCCCCGCUGGCCCUAGCCUUGUCACAGCCUCAAGUGCAAGAACCAGAGGAGGAGGACGAGGACGAAGAGGAAGAUGAAGACAGGGAGGCAGUUCAGGGCAACGGAGUGAACCUGGGGUCGUCAUACUACCCUCCAUCUCAGAACGGCCACUUCUACCUCCCCCCUGAGUCUCGGCAGGAGGCGGAGGUGGAGGACAGCUGCAGGGAGGCGAUGGUGAGGGAUCGGGGCUCGGCCAGCGCCCUCCUGCAACAAAUGAUGGACUCCAUCGAGAGGCAGAAGAAGCGUGCGGACGGGGAGGAGCAGGGAGACGGGGACGAUCCUGACAUGGAAUUUUACUUGAAUUAUUUCAGCAGCACGCAGCACGAAGACGCAGCUUCCGCAUCACUCGUGCACGGCGUGCCGCCGUCGCUGUGGAUGUCACGAGGCAGCGCGGGCCAACACACAGCAGGAGAGAGGGCAGUGGAGGAGAGAGGGAACGGCACCGGAGGAGGUGGAGGAGAAAGAAAGAUGCGCUCUAAGGCCUUCCAGAAGUGCCCCAUAUGCUCGAAGGUCAUUCAAGGUGCAGGCAAGCUACCCCGCCAUAUCAGAACGCACACGGGAGAGAAACCCUAUGAAUGCGCCAUCUGCAAAGUGCGCUUUACCAGGCAGGACAAGCUCAAGGUUCACAUGCGAAAGCAUACAGGGGAGAAGCCUUACCUGUGUACACAAUGUGGAGCCGCCUUCGCUCACAACUACGACCUGAAGAACCACAUGCGUGUCCACACCGGUCUCCGCCCCUACCAGUGCUCAAGCUGCUUUAAGACUUUUGUACGCUCGGACCACCUGCACCGCCACCUUAAGAAGGACGGCUGCAACGGCAUCCCCUCCCGCCGGGGCAGAAAACCUCGGGUGAGAGAACCGGGGCUCCUGGAGGCCCCGCCGAGCCUCCUGAGCCCCAGCCCCGAAAUUGGGCCCCAGCCUCGCACCGCCAGGGGCCGGCGGCGCUCCGAGGCGUCCUCUGCAGUAGAGGUGGAGGGUGCUGUGGAGGUGCACACAUACAGUCCUCGGCUGCAGGAGCUAGCAGUGGAGGCGGGACCCUGAGAGUGCAGGGGGGGGACGCGGGGAAGGGACCACAAGGACACUGCUGGACGCCACAGUAGCUCUGCACAGCCUGUGAGACAGGCCAGUGGACAGAAGAGAGAAUAAACAUGCAAAGGCAAUUUAAAAAGACAAAACAACUAACUAUUCCUCUAUAAACCAAAUCAGGGUGUCACAGAAAUUGAAUCUUUAUAUUUCUUUCUCCUUUUACUUUAGGAAAUGGAAUAGACUUGCAAGCACUUCAGUUGUUUUGUUUGUCAAAGAGAAAAGAACGCUUCAAAUCAUCCACCCACUUUCUGGGCCAUUUCUUUCUCUGUCAUAUUAGACUCUUUUUUUUUUUGUUUGUUUGUUUUUUUAUACCGGCAUAUGCAGUUAGGCGAGUAUAUGAUCGAGACAAAGAAACUCCAAGCAACUAUGCAGUUGAUUUAAAUUUUUACUUGGUUUGUCCUCACAGCCUUCAAGCUCUAAGAAAGGUGACUGUCAUGCACCUUCUGGCUGCUGUACGAGUGAAGCGAGGACAAAUCCUCCCAGCAACAACUCCUUUUUUUUUUUAUGCCUAUUUCUUUACAGCUCUGAGAUGUACAGUUACCAUAGAAACAAAAUUUCCACAAUAUGGUAUAUGCAAGGAAAACUCACCAACAUUUUGAUGCAAGAUUCUUUAUAUUUUUUAGUCUAUAAAUGUUCCAGAAAGAAAUCAGGCGAGGGGUUGAUUGAAGUGUUACUUACUCUUAAAAAAAAGAUUUUUUUUUUGUUUUUUUUAAUUGUAAUCGGUGGUUUUGUCUUAUUGAAAAGUUCAACUUGAGUCGAAUCCGCUUUAACGGGGGGGAGAGGGGGAGGCUCGCCGCUUGCAGGACGAGGGGAGUGCGAGGGGUGGAGGGUUUGUGUUUUCCAAGCACUAUCGUUCUCAACGUACCUGUUGGCUUUACUACAUUGCCUCUUGUCCCCCACAGCCCUGCAAGGUCAGCGUCUCCUUUGCCCUUUUGAUGUUUGAUUGUCUUAAUUCUGUUUUUUUUUCUCUUUUUGUUGUUCUUUUGGGUACUCGACACUUUAUAAUUGUAUACGUGUGUGUAUAUAGCAGGCAGAGACAUGACGUUGGCCCCCUCUUGCUGAGGUGUACUUACCGAUUUCUUUUUUUUUUUCCUUUGUAGGCUCAAUGUUAUAUUUCUCAGACACAGUUGAAGCUUUUGGGUGAAAGAAACGAAGCUGUGUGAAUGUUCAAUGGCAAACACGCACACACACACACACA